AUGAGCACUUCGUUGACAGCCAUCGAGUCACAAUCCAACGAUGACAAGCGAUUUAUCGCUUGCAACGAUAAGCAUUGUAGUACCACAUACAAAUACUUGGACUGGGUAGUGCAUACCAAGGUGGAUGGCCCCGAUCCACGCGAUCACUUUGCCAACGAACGCAACUUUUUAUCAUGGCUUCGUGUUGGCAUGACACUAGCACUGAUAGGCUACAUGACAUUGAUCGAUCUACGAGGAGAUAAAAAUUUGGCACCCUCCAAUUCAUUACCGUGGAAUCACGAAGAACCAACACCUUAUAAGACAAGGAUUGUUGCCUUUAUCAUGGUAGCUCUCGGUUUUUCCAGCUUGUGUAUCUCGGUCGUUAUCUACUUUAAAAACCAACGCCGCAUCGUGCAUCGGCUUAUUGAUGUCGGUCAUGGAUGGGCGGGUUACACCAUGGCAUUAUUGAUCAUGCUGUUUAUUUGUUUUAUCAUGGUUGUUGCUCUUACGGAGGUUGAUUAG